AUGCCACCAAAAGAGGCACCAGGACCGUCAAAACAACAACCAUCUACAUCUACAUCUACAUCAUCAUCUUCCUCAGAUAGUCCAUUUAAAAAAUUUGUCUAUGCUGCCAUUGUCCAUGGGAAAACAUCUUUUCUGGCUGAAUAUAAUGCUGACCCAGCAUCACAAGCAAAAGACCUGGCAGGUGUAGUUCUCGAUAAGUUAGAUCUUGAUGAUGAUUCAAAGGUAUCAUUCGUCUAUGGAAACUACGCUAUUCAUUACAUUACCCGUCCACGAAAUAACCCCUCCAGUGCCCCAGAAGGUCUUACAUAUCUCGUCGUGGUCAGACGACAAACAAAUAUACCUGCACCUACUGCUAACCAAACACCACCUCGCUCUAACUCUGUUUCUUCAACUACCUCUACAACUUCCCCCACAGACUCGCGGCGUGUCCCAUUUCUAUUUCUUAUGGACCUUGAAAGCAUUUUCCGCAGCAAGUACUUAGGCAAAUGUGUGGGCUCCACCGUUGACAAGGUGCUGCUAGAAUCUGGCUCACCACCAGCAGACCUAGCCAAAGAUGUGCGUGAGCUUGUUGCCAGGGCUGAGCGUGGAGAUAACGAUGUGUCAGGCCUGGCGCGUCAGGAGCUGGAAGAUGUGCGGACCAUUAUGAUUGAAAAUGUGGAACGUGUGCUAGAACGCGGAGAGCGAAUCAACCUAUUGGUAUCUAAAACAGACCGCAUGAAUGCACAGGCCGUAGAGUUUAGGAAAGUCUCAACAGCAGUUAAGAGAAACAUGUGGCUGGCCACAGUCAAGUUUAAGAUUCUACUAGGACUUGCUGGUGCUGUUAUUGUGUAUCUGGCAAUGGGCUUUUUGUGUGGUCUUCCUGGUCUUGACCGAUGUUUCUAA